AUGGAUCAAGCCAAACCACUUCGUAUUGGAGUUCUUGCACUUCAAGGUGCAUUCAGUGAGCAUAUCAAUAUCCUUAACCGAAUGAGCCAAUGGGUUGAUAUGGCAAUUCCUAUUCGCACAAAAGAACAGCUGGAGAAUUCUUGUUUGGAUGCAUUGAUUCUACCAGGAGGAGAGUCAACUGCUAUUGCAUUGGCUGCAGAACGGAAUGGAUUGAUGGAACCUUUACGACAGUGGGUACGAUCGGGAAACCCCAUUUGGGGAACUUGUGCUGGAAUGAUUCUUUUGUCAGAUACGGCUCAAGGAACUAAAGAAGGCGGACAAGAGUUGAUUGGCGGUCUUCAUGUUCAGGUUAAACGCAAUGCAUUCGGUCAUCAGUUGGAUUCAUUUGUGGAAUGCAUUGAUAUUCCUGUUAUUGGUGAUACUCCUUUUCAGGCUGUUUUUAUUCGUGCUCCGUUGAUUUCUUCUAUUUGUGUGGAUGAAAUGGCUAAACAUGUCACGACUGCUCCUGUACAGAUACUUGCUCGAGUUCCUUCAAAGGAUAAUUGUAUUGUCGCUGUUCAGCAAGGCAAUAUUCUUGCUACAUCGUUUCAUCCUGAACUCACCCAGGACACUCGAUUCCACCAGUACUUUGUCAAGUUUUCCCAGGAAAUAGUUUUAAAUAAACUCAAAGAUCAAGAAUACAUCUCCAGCUUGUGCUUUUAA